AUGGAGAGUCCUUGUGGAGAGCGGCGUUGGGAGAAGGUACCGAAGUACCAGGUUAUUUCUGGGAGAUAUCAUCAAGAUGUCGAGCGCAUCACAGAGAUCACGGUUGCCAACGUCCGCACCCAGGUCGGCGAGCUCCUGGAGUACUCGAACGAGACCAAGAAGCGCAACUUCCUCGAGUCGGUCGAGCUUCAGAUCGGCCUCAAGAACUAUGACCCCCAGCGUGACAAGCGUUUCUCCGGCACCGUCCGCCUGCCCAUCGUGCCCCGCCCCAACAUGAGCAUCUGCAUUCUGGGUGACCAGCACGACAUUGACCGUGCCAAGCACGGCGGCGUCGACGCCAUGUCUGCCGACGAUCUGAAGAAGCUGAACAAGAACAAGAAGCUCAUCAAGAAGCUCGCGCGCAAGUACGAUGCCUUUGUCGCUUCCGACUCUCUGAUCAAACAGAUUCCCCGUCUUCUCGGUCCCGGUCUUUCCAAGGCCGGCAAGUUCCCUACCCCCGUCUCGCACGGCGACAACCUCAACGACAAGAUCACCGAGGUCAAGUCGACCAUCAAGUUCCAGCUGAAGAAGGUUCUGUGCAUGGGUGUCGCUGUCGGCAACGUCGGCAUGACCCAGGAGCAGCUCGUCGGCAACAUCAUGUUGGCCAUCAACUACCUCGUCUCGCUGCUGAAGAAGGGCUGGCAGAACGUUGGAAGCCUGACCAUCAAGGCUUCCAUGUCCCCCCCCAAGCGUCUGUACUAAGUGCGGACGUUUUGGGCGCCGCGCUGUAGUCCUCCUGCGGUCGGGACUCUACUGAGUACGUCUUGGGCUUUGCCCUGAGAACGAAAGGGAGACGAGACUCGGGCGACCGCAUGGGCAGUGCCCAUAUGUGGGAUUGAUUAGUGGACAAAACAAACACCAAUAAAAUAAAAUAAAAACAUGCCACACAUAGUUUAUGCUGGGUUCUGAGCCUGUGAUGAGGUUCAACCGUGAUAGAACCAGGCUCAGCGAGCACUUUAUGCAUGGCCGACUCCUUCAUGUGAUUGGAUCUCUGGGGACUGAUCUGCGAAAGCCUCGUCUCAAGGGCAUCUUAUGAGCGUUGAUCGAAAGGCAGUUCCCUUUCUUUUCAAAUUUGUCCAAGAUUGGAAGACCACAACCCUCCAUGUCCUGGGUCACUGCCGGCCGGUCGAGGAGUUCAAGCCUCUGCGGCACCUAACAGAAUAUAUAUGCCGUAAUUACUCUAC